AUGGUUGGUACAAAGAGAAAGCACACUGGCCACCACGCCGCUAUGGAUGGUGUUUCAAGUGAUGAUGAAGUCGUCAAUGACAACAAUAUGAAGGCAUACUACUUUGUCCAACCUAAAAAGCGACUUGGAAAUAUUCACCAAUCAAUCCAAGUUCAUGAUUCAAACACACCAUUUGUUUCCCUAUGCAAUGGAAAAGAACCAAUCACCAAUGUCAAGUUCAGAUUUGAAUUGUAUCAAAAGAUAUGGGCAAGCCAGUUGAAAAAGAUUCAUUCAAUAUUGAAUAAUGCUAACGAUGAACUAUUCAAUGACUUGAUCAAGUUUAUCAACGAGCCAUUGAAUCCGACAAAGUUAUCUAUUGGAUACAUUCAAUUAACAUCCAACAAUGCAAACAACCUACGUAUUUUGAGUGAAUUUUACGACUGUGCCAAUGAGUACAACUUGAUAAAGUUGAAUUCUAAAAACUGUCAACACAUCAAAGGGACAUUGAGGGAGAUUAUUCGACAAUUUGGGGAAAACAACAAGCUAGAUGGUGACUACUUGGGCUACGACUUGGAAGUGUUGCGCGGUUGGUAUUCAAAGGGUGAUGAAACGAGAACUGUUGUUGUCAUUGAAGAUACCAAUUUGUUCAGUAAUCAAUUGUUGAACCAGUUAAUCAAGCUUCUUCAAUCGAUUCACAUACCGAUAAAGUUACUACUUGCAUUAUCAUGCGACACAGUCUCCUCCUGGGUCAAUAACAACUUGAGAAAUGAUUUACGGUUGAAUUUGGAAGGGUAUAGGUUCAAAAGUAACGACAACAAAAGCUUGGGGUACAUUAUCUUAAACAAUUUAUUCCUCACUCCUGAGCUUACCGAUGAAAACCCUUUGUUGAUUAACAACACACUCAGUACCAUAAUUCUCAAUCGUUUUGAAAACUCAAACAAUUCAAUUGAUGCAUUAAUUUCGGAAAUAAAAUUGUGCUAUAUGAUUUUCUUUUAUCAACUGCCAUUAUCAAUUCUCAUUGCCAAAUUUGACUCAUCAAGUUUGUAUAUUGACGGAUUGAGAAAAACACCAUCUUUCAAACGUCAUAUGGAGAUCAAACAGCUGCAAAAUGACCCCAUUGUCAAGGAAAUGCUUCAAAAUGACAACAAAGUGGCAAUGCUAUUUCAUGAAUGCAAAAGGCAGUAUCAGAAACACAAGUUGACCAUCAUCAACUCUAUUAACGUGGUGUAUCAAUUACACCCCGACAAACCAAAGGAAAAGUUUCAUUUGUACAAACUUCUUGUUAAUAACAAGUUGUUUAACUCGAAAUACUUUCACGAUUGUCUCGAUUUUUCAAAGUAUUCAGACGAAGUGGUGAGUCACCUUGUACUGCAUUUGACUGUCAAUUGCCACGAGUCUAUUGGUAACAUUAAUGACGCUUAUUUAAUUGAGUUAAGAAGGGGAUUAUCUACGGACAGGUCUAAAAUUACACCCGUACUAGAAGCUUACUUUGAGAAUCCAAUAUUGACUACACCACUUGAAUACAUGGUCUUUAACGAGAUAUUUUCCCUCAAUGGAGGAAUAGUUCACGCCAAAUUUGACAAACAGCCACUAUUUGAAGAAAAUUUUGAAAACCUAAUGAUCAAUCUCCUUCGUCCUAAUUUGCGGCAGACGAUAGAAAUGAGUUUGGAUAAUUAUGAGUUGUAUUUGGCAAAUCCGUUGAUUAGCAAGGAACAUCCACUCGAUGAUAGACACCCACUACUAUGCGCAAUGUUUAAGGUUUACAAAGAAGCACCGGCCUCGAUAAACUUGUUUGACUUUUAUCAAGCGUUCACUGCGUCCCUAAACAAGCCAGAUGAUAUUGAAGAAGAAAUGUGGAAGAAAGUCACCUAUUCAUGGUUUAUCCAAAACUGUUUCGAGUUCAUGCAUAUGGGAAUUCUACAAUUGAAGAAAACAAGCGAAUACCUCGAAAAGGCAAUUUGGAAAGGUGUAUAA